AUGCCUAUCGUUUGCCUCCUUGACACAUCUCUUAUUUUCCUUUUCGCCUCUGCACAAUCAAAACCGCAAAAGCGGACUCUGGAAACUGUGUUACAGUCGCCUUGCAAAGUACAUGGGGUUACGUGGUUUCCUGCUAUCUACAAAGUCCUGGUCAAACGGUCCUAUUACGGCCUUGCCUCGCGGUGCGGCACAACUGGAAACGAGAAGCUAAUAAGCCUCUCAGAUCUAGCUGCCCUCCUAAUUCAUUCGCGAACUCUUCUGUCUCGUCCCUGUCGAUCUUUGUUGUGUCUCGUCUGCUUCACCAUGGAUCGACCAACCACAGCCACACAUCCUGUCAGAGACGGUUCCAUCCGCAGGGGCGUAGACGUGCGGUAG